AUGUCCCGGUUGGCCCCCCUUGUGUUCCCCGCGGCGGGCCCGCGGCACACGGCGACGGUGAUCUUUGCACACGGCCUCGGCGAUUCGGGCCAUGGCUGGGCCUCGGCCGUCGAGAACUGGCGCCGCCGGCAGCGCCUGGACGAGGUCAAGUUUAUCCUGCCGCACGCGCCCGCCAUCCCCAUUACCGUCAACAUGGGCCACCGGAUGCCGGGCUGGUACGACAUUGCUGCCCUUGGCGGCUCGGCUGAUUUGCUCCGCGAAAACGAGGACGAGGCCGGCAUGCUCGAGAGCCGCGACUACUUCCGCCAGCUUGUCCAGCAGGAAGUCGACAGCGGCAUCCCCGCCAGCCGCAUUGUCCUUGGCGGUUUCUCGCAGGGCGGUGCCGUCGCGCUCUUCUCGGGCCUCACCAGCCCCGUCAAGCUGGCCGGCAUCGUCGGCAUGUCCACCUACCUGCCGCUGACCCUCAAGCUGGAGUCGACGUACCUGCCCAAGGCACCCGCCGUCAGCGCCAAUGCCCAGACGCCCAUCAUUAUGUGCCACGGCACCCUCGACCCCGUGCUGCCCUUCCAGCUGGGCCGCAUGUCCAAGGACAAGCUGGCGCAGCUGGGCUACCCGAUCGAGUGGAAGGAGUACCAGAUGCCGCACACGGCCACGCCGCAGGAGCUGGACGACGUCGAGGCCUUUUUGCACAAGGUGCUGCCCGAAACGUCGGUUGGCAAGACGGAACUGUAA